UCAUAGCCCAACCCAUGCCGCCGCCAGAUCUGACCUGCCUCCAGCUCGUGCCCUUAUCUGGGACGGAAGCCACACUUCUCCGGCCAUUUCCAACCGAUCCUAAACUAAUCAUUAACAAAAGCGAGACCAAACAUACUUAAUUUUUCAACUCAAGAUGCGCAUCGCUCCGCCCCUAAUCCCAGAGCUGCUGCUAGUCGCAGCGGUUUCCGCAGCUCUUGCAAUGGCCACGGUAUCGCCGGCAGCAGCCGAGAGUUGUCCGAUGAACCUGAGUUACGUAACCCAGUUCCCAUGGGAUCACACGUCUUGCCUUCCGAGCUCCAACAACAUGACCAGUUGCUGCACGACUCUUCUCAGCGUGCUGGGCAUCGGACUCUCUCAGCGCCUCCGCGUCACCUCCCUCUUCCGUCUCCCCUCCGUCGCCGUCUCUGCCGUCUGCCUAGCCUCCUUCCAGUCCCGGCUUUCCGAGCUCUCCCUUCCCUCCUCCCUCGUACACACCUGCUUCCCUUCUCCCAACCGCUUCGUUAUCUCUCCGGACUUCUGCGACGGCAUCAUGUCUCUCCGAGACUGGAAAGUCCGGCUUGGGAACUCCACCGCCGUUGAUUCGGACUGCGCCCCCGAUCUGCUCGACCUUACCAGCUGCUCAGCCUGCCUCUCCGCCGGUUUCCAGAUUUCCUCCCGCCUCACCGCCCUUGACGGCAACACUUCCCACGCCACCAAUUGCUUUUACCUCACCGUCACCUACGCCGCCGGCAUCGCCAACAACUUCGGCCCCGAGGAUCCCCGCGCUUCCCUCUGCAUCCUAGGCCUGGCCUCCCCAUACCCUCCCCAUCCCAAAUCCUCCUCCUCUCCAUCCUCCCAUGCAGCAGUCUACGCCUCCUCCUCUGCAGCCGCCGCCUUCUUACUCCUCUCCGCUGCCCUUGCCCUCUAUCUCUGGCGAUCCCACAAACAAAGAAGAAACACGGCCGCCGCAGCUGCCUCCAUGGAUAGUCAGUUUUCCUCCUCCUGGCCACACCCUCGCCCCAACACCGGCGCCAUUUGGUACAACAUACGGGAACUCGAGAAGUCAACAAAUUAUUUCUCCCAGCGAAAUCUUAUAGGCCGGGGUGGUUUCGGCGUGGUGUAUCGCGGCGUACUAUCCGACGGCAGCACUGUCGCUGUGAAGCACGUCCUAGAAUCGGACUUCCAGGGCGACGAUGAGUUCCGCAACGAGGUAGAGAUCAUCAGCAAUCUCCGCCACCGUAACCUCGUCCCUCUCCGCGGCUGCUGUAUCACCGAUGCUGAAGCCGAUGAAGGAACGCAAAAGUUCCUUAUCUACGACUUCAUGCCCAAUGGCAGUCUCGACGACUACAUCUUUCACGACUGCAGCAAGCGCCCCCCUCUUACCUGGCCGCAGAGGAAGAACAUAAUCCUUGAUGUUGCAAAAGCGCUGGCUUAUCUGCAUUACGGGAUAAAGCCGGCGAUCUACCACCGCGACAUUAAGGCAACCAACAUCCUUCUCGACGGCGAGAUGCGGGCGAGGGUUGCGGACUUCGGGCUUGCACGGCAAAGCCGAGAGGGCCAGUCGCAUCUCACUACUCGGGUAGCGGGGACCCACGGCUACCUUGCGCCUGAGUACGCACUCUACGGCCAGCUGACAGAGAAGAGCGAUGUUUACAGCUUUGGAAUGGUGGUUCUGGAGAUCAUGAGCGGGCGCAGGGCGCUCGACAUGGCUUCACCGUCUGGCGUUGUGCUUAUUACCGAUUGGGCGUGGACGCUUGUGAAGGCAGGGAGGAUUGUGGAGGUUUUUGACAUGGCUGUGAUGAGUGGGGAGGGUAGUGGGCCGAAGGGUAUCAUGGAGCGGUUUGUGCAUGUGGGGAUUCUCUGCGCGCAUGUCAUGGUGGCCUUGAGGCCAACUAUUGAAGAGGCAUUGAGGAUGCUAGAGGGGGAUAUUGAAGUCCCGGCAGUUCCUGACAGACCGAUGCCAUAUGGCCAUGGAGCUCUCGUCGGUGGGGAUGGGAGAAAUUUCACUGCGUCGCCCACGCUGAGUGGCUUCGUUCUUAACGUCGGAGACAUUCUCCGGUAAACUAAGUGGUAAACCAAUUUCAUAAGGAAUGCUGGCACAUUUCUACUGAAAAUACUGGAGCAUUGGAAACUUGAUAUCUCUGUUCGCUCCUCCUUCAUAAUUGAUUUUAGCAUGUGGUUCAUUGACUGGGAGCUUAAAUUUCAAAUCAAGAUAUUUCAGAUUGACGGUCUUACAUAAGCAUGUAUAAAUUUUUAUUAAAUACGUUUAAUGUUUAAAAAAAAAUUACAGUUAA